AUGGGCGCCGGACAGUCCACCCCCGCGGACGUGCUCGCGGUCAGAGAUCAGCCCGUGAACUACGUCCCCCCGCUCGAGGUGAACCCCGCGAACCCGAAAGUAUACUUCGACCUUCAGCUCGGGCGAUACGGCGACGCGACGCCGAUCGGACGCGUCGUCAUGGAGCUGAAGGAGGACGUCACGCCGAAGACCGCGGAGAACUUCAAGCAGCUGUGCCUCGCGGACGAGGGCGCCGGGUACAAGAAGAGCCGGUUCCACCGGGUCAUCCCGCAGUUCAUGUGCCAAGGCGCAUUGUUCACCGCCCCCUCGCCCCCUCGGCCGCGGUCCGCUUACCGUACCGCUCUCUCCUCCCUCCCCUCACCAAAUCCAGGCGGCGACUUCACGAACGAUAACGGCACGGGCGGGAAGUCCAUCUACGGCCGAACCUUCCCCGACGAGAACUUCACUUUACCGCACAACGGCCCGGGGGUUCUCUCCAUGGCCAACGCGGGACCGAACACGAACGGGUCGCAGUUUUUCCUGUGCACGACCGCGACGCCGUUCCUGAACGGCAAGCACACGGUCUUCGGUCAGGUCGUGGAAGGGUACAACGUCGUGAAAGCCGUCGAAGCGUGCGGCAGCAGGAGCGGCGACACGUCCGGGGACGUCAUCAUCGGCGACUGCGGCGUCGUCGCGCACGCCGGCGCCGCCGGAGGAAAGCGCCGAGCCGCGGGGUCCGGAUCCGCCGCGCGCGGGUACCACACCGCGGCGGCAGCGGCGGCGAGCGCGCGGUUGUCUGCGCGCGCGCACGUGGCACGUGGGGUCAUGCGCGCGGCGCCACGUGCGGCGCGCGCGGUUCCGAGGUUCGGGAGGGCUCUCUCCGUGAUGUCCCGCGCCGUGGUCGCGUGA